GUCCUGUCCUUAAAUGAUUGCAGCAGAUGCUCAGAGUGAUUCUCGAAGAUAGAGAGAUAGAGAGACACUCGCACAGGCUGAACUCCAGAUAGCGACAAAUACAACCUUGACUUCCUCGCCUAUUUCCCCACUCUCCACUCGAUCUUCACUGACUCCAGACCUACUGGCUACCGACGACACGAUGGGAAAGGGGUUCGGCCGGGAGUACACUCCGACAGAUACAUCGGACAAUGGGAAGAAGAAGAAAGUGCGAAAAGACAUGGAUGAAUUGAAGAAAGAGGUGACCAUGGAAGACCAUAAGUUGAGUUUGGACGAGCUGAGUCGUAAAUAUGGGACUGACCUGACGCGGGGCCUUACAUCUUCCCGAGCAGCAGAAAUUUUGGCGAUGGAAGGCCCCAAUGCCCUGACCCCUCCUCCAAACCCAGAAUGGGUUAAAUUCUGCCGCCAGCUGUUUGGUGGAUUCUCCAUCCUGCUGUGGAUCGGAGCCUUGCUGUGUUUCCUGGCGUACAGCAUCCAGGCGGUGAUGGAGGAAGAGCCGGCCAACGAUAAUUUAUACCUGGGCAUUGUGCUGGCCGCGGUGGUGAUGAUCACUGGCUGCUUCUCCUACUACCAGGAGUCAAAGAGUUCCCGCAUCAUGGAUUCCUUCAAGAGCAUGGUCCCUCAGCAAGCGCUGGUGAUCCGGGAAGGGGAGCGGAUCCAGAUUAAUGCUGAGCAUGUGGUCACCGGGGAUCUGGUGGAGGUGAAGGGAGGUGAUCGGAUCCCAGCAGAUCUCCGUAUCAUCUCUUCACAUGGCUGCAAGGUUGAUAAUUCCUCCCUCACUGGAGAGUCCGAACCCCAAACACGAUCUCCAGAAUUUACCAACGACAAUCCUCUGGAAACUCGAAAUAUUGCAUUUUUUUCAACAAACUGUGUGGAAGGGACGGCACGUGGCCUGGUGAUCUUCACUGGGGACAGGACAGUGAUGGGCCGAAUAGCCACACUGGCGUCGGGGCUGGAGGUGGGCCAGACCCCGAUCUCGCUGGAGAUUGAGCAUUUCAUCCACAUCAUCACCGGGGUGGCUGUGUUCCUUGGUGUCUCCUUCUUCGUUCUGUCACUGAUUCUCGGCUACACCUGGCUCGAGGCAGUCAUCUUCCUAAUUGGCAUCAUCGUGGCCAACGUACCCGAGGGGCUGCUGGCCACUGUCACGGUCUGCCUGACGCUGACUGCCAAACGUAUGGCCCGCAAGAACUGCCUGGUGAAGAACCUGGAAGCAGUGGAGACGCUGGGCUCCACUUCCACCAUCUGCUCGGACAAGACGGGCACGCUGACCCAGAACCGCAUGACUGUCGCACACAUGUGGUUCGACAACCAGAUCCACGAGGCUGACACCACCGAGGACCAGUCCGGCACUGCCUUCGAUAAGGCGUCUCCAACCUGGGCCGCUCUGUCCCGGAUUGCCGCUCUCUGUAACAGGGCCGUGUUCCGACCUGGACAGGAAAAUGUCUCCAUCUCCAAGAGGGAGACAGCCGGAGAUGCCUCUGAGUCGGCUCUGCUGAAGUGCAUCGAGUUGUCAUGUGGCCCUGUGAAAGAGAUGAGGGAGAAAAACCCCAAAGUGACCGAGAUCCCUUUCAACUCAACCAACAAAUACCAGCUCUCUGUGCACCUCCUGGGCUCGACUGAGGACAGGUCUCACCUCCUGGUGAUGAAGGGAGCUCCUGAGAGGAUCCUCGAUCGCUGCUCAUCCAUCCUCCUCCACGGGAAGGAGUGUCCCCUCGACAGUGAGAUGAAGGAUGCCUUCCAGAAUGCCUACCUGGAGCUCGGAGGCCUCGGGGAGCGGGUGCUGGGGUUCUGCCAUAAGACCCUCCCCGUGGAACAGUUCCCACCCGGAUACUGCUUCGACACAGAUGAGGUGAACUUCCCAACAGAGAGACUCUGCUUCGUCGGCCUCAUGUCCAUGAUCGACCCUCCCCGGGCAGCUGUACCUGACGCUGUGGGCAAGUGUCGCAGUGCAGGCAUCAAGGUCAUCAUGGUAACAGGAGACCAUCCAAUCACUGCCAAGGCCAUAGCCAAAGGAGUGGGCAUCAUCUCCGAGGGCAAUGAGACCAUAGAGGACAUUGCACAGAGACUCAACAUCCCCAUCGCACAGGUCAAUCCCAGGGACGCCAAGGCAUGUGUGAUCCACGGCACUGACCUGAAAGACAUGACCCAGGAGGAGCUCGACCAGAUCCUGGCCAACCACACAGAGAUCGUCUUCGCUCGCACGUCCCCACAGCAGAAACUGAUCAUUGUGGAGGGCUGUCAGAGGCAGGGAGCCAUCGUGGCCGUCACGGGAGAUGGGGUGAAUGACUCGCCAGCCCUGAAGAAAGCUGACAUUGGCGUCGCCAUGGGCAUCUCCGGCUCCGAUGUCUCCAAGCAGGCAGCCGACAUGAUCCUAUUGGACGACAACUUUGCAUCGAUUGUGACAGGUGUGGAAGAAGGGCGCCUGAUAUUCGACAACUUGAAGAAAUCCAUCGCCUACACCCUGACCAGCAACAUCCCAGAGAUCACUCCGUUCCUCCUGUUCAUCGUGGCAAACAUUCCUCUGCCCCUGGGCACUGUCACUAUUCUCUGCAUUGACCUGGGCACAGAUAUGGUCCCUGCAAUCUCAUUGGCUUACGAAGCAGCGGAGAGCGACAUCAUGAAACGCCAACCACGCAACCCAAAAACAGACAAACUGGUGAAUGAGAAACUGAUCAGCAUGGCAUACGGCCAGAUCGGGAUGAUCCAAGCCUUGGGGGGAUUCUUCACCUACUUUGUCAUUCUGGCUGAGAACGGUUUCCUCCCCUCGAGGCUCCUCAACAUUCGCCUGGACUGGGAUGAUCGCUCAAAGAAUGACCUGGAGGACAGCUACGGGCAGGAGUGGACCUACGAACAACGCAAGAUUGUUGAGUUCACAUGCCACACAGCCUUCUUUGCGAGUAUUGUGGUGGUCCAGUGGGCUGACCUCCUGAUUUGUAAGACUCGGCGUAACUCCAUCUUCCAGCAAGGGAUGAAAAACAAGAUCCUGAUUUUUGGACUCUUUGAAGAGACCGCCUUAGCAGCUUUCCUCUCCUACUGCCCAGGAAUGGAUGUGGCACUGCGCAUGUACCCACUGAAGCUUCCCUGGUGGUUCUGCGCCUUUCCCUACAGCCUCUUGAUCUUCAUCUAUGACGAAGUUCGGAAAUUCAUCCUUCGCCGACGGCCUGGAGGUUGGGUCGAACAGGAGACCUAUUACUGAGGCACUGAGCAUUCCCUCGGACAACUCUCCUCCUUCCAUCAGCUCUCACAGCAAGAGGAUACCAGACACCAGCUUAGGGUGGUAUCCCUUCCACCCAUUCCCUUCUUUUCCCCUCCAUCUUCACUCCCAUUUCCUCCUCCUACCUUUCCCAUUGAGCUAAUCAAAUGCAUCAAGUCUGCCUUUGCUGUACUGAUUUAAAUUAAAAAU